AUGGUUUCCACCACUAAGAUCAAGUCCGUUGAUUUCUACAGAAAAAUCCCAAGAGAUUUGACAGAGGCAUCUCUCUCCGGUGCUGGUUUAUCCAUUGUAGCUGCCCUCGCUAUGAUGUUUUUGUUUGGAAUGGAGCUGAGUACUUAUUUGGCAGUUACCACUCAGACAUCUGUAAUAGUUGACAAUAGCUCUGAUGAUGACUUCUUACAAAUUGAUUUCAAUGUCAGCUUUCCUGCUCUCUCAUGUGAAUUUGCAUCUGUUGAUGUAAGCGACGUGUUGUCAACUAACAGGUUGAACCUAACGAAAGAAAUAAAGAAAGUUCCAAUCGAUCCGCAUUUAAGAGAAACUGGGGAGGAGUACCACCCCACCCCUAACUUAGAUCUCAUCCACCAUGGAGACGAACAUCAGGUCGACGACAAUGCUUAUGCUGCUAUAUCUUUAACUGGUGCUAUUUUUGACAAGAUUUCACAUAAAUUCCCAAUUUUGGUUGUUAACUUCUAUGCGCCAUGGUGCUACUGGAGUAGUCGCUUGAGACCAUCUUGGGAGAAAGCAGCUGAGAUUACAAGGCAGAAAUAUGGUCCUGAUAGUGAUGGGCGUGUCCUACUUGGAAGUGUUGAUUGCACUGAAGAACCUGCUCUAUGUACAAAGUAUCAUAUACAAGGCUAUCCAUCCAUUCGUAUCUUCCACAACGGUAGUGAUCUUAGGGACGAUCAUGGGCACCAAGAACAUGAUUCUUACCAUGGAAAUCGGGACACAGAGAGCUUAGUCAAGAUGGUGGACGAACUGCUCAGACCUAUCAAGAAGUUUGAUGGUACACCUAAUCAUGCGGCUUCAAGUAUUAGAAAGGCACCAGUUAGUGGAGGCUGUAGAAUCGAAGGCUAUGUGCGUGCCAAGAAGGUUCCUGGUGAACUCGUUAUCUCAGCUGUUUCAGGGGCUCAUUCAUUCGAUGCUUCUCGAAUGAACAUGACACAUUUUGUAAACCAUCUAUCGUUUGGUAGGAUGAUUUCAGCUAGGUUGUUGACUGAUAUGAAACGGUUACUGCCUUAUCUUGGUCUAAGCCAUGACAGGCUUAAUGGAAAAUGGUUCGUUAAUGAAGGAAAGUUUGCUGCUAAUGUUACUAUCGAACAUUAUCUUCAAGUAGUAAAAACAGAAGUCGUUUCAAGAAGGUUCGGUCAAGAAUACUCAGUGAUUGAGGAAUAUGAAUAUACAGCUCAUAGCAGUGUGGCUCAUGGUUACUAUUACCCUGUUGCAAAGUUUCACUUCGACCUCUCUCCUAUGCAGGUCAUGAUAAGCGAGAACCCAAAGUCAUUCUCACACUUCGUUACAAAUGUUUGCGCCAUAAUAGGUGGUGUUUUCACGGUUGCCGGGAUACUAGAUUCGAUAUUUCAAAGCACUUACGGAAUAAUGAAAAAGGUCGAACUAGGGAAGAACUUUUGA